AUGUUUGACGAGAAUGACGUAUGGGGCGUGUUUUAUGACGACCCAACCCUCCAGUGGCCGUACUGGUCCUUGGUCUGGGACUCGCUCACAUGUUUCUCAACGGAUCGCCAAGCUAGUGUUCGCGAUCGACGAUUUAUACCCAAUUUGGCCAAGACAGUUCGCAAAUGGUUCGAGCCUAUCCCAUCGCCGUAUACUUUCUAA